AUGGCUGAUAGGAGCUACGCUUACGACCCCGUCGGAACCGGCGCGCCAGUCAACCAACAAUCGCACAGGAUGGAGGAGGGUCAGCUGUGGCGGCAAUAUGUCAUCGCCGGUGUCGCGAAUAUCUUGAUAGCAUGUCUCGGAUACAACAUGGGGUGGACAGCCCCCAUAAACUCGAAGCUGAACAAAACUGACGAGUCUCCCUUGGAAACGAUACCCACUUCAGACGACUUGGCAUGGAUGGGUUCCUUACUUACCAUUGGUGCCAUAUUCGGACCCUUUAUCGGAGGUUUCGCUGCGUCUAAAAUCGGCAGAAAAUGGGGUUUGAUAUCGUCCACGAUUCCCCUCUUCAUUGGCUGGAUCCUCGUGGCCGUGGCGAAGACCAUGGCUUACCUGUUCGCCGGUCGGAUCUUCUGGGGCAUCUCAGUGGGGAUGGUCUUUACUAUAUCGCCUAUGUACUGCGCCGAGAUUGCCACGGAUGACAGUCGAGGUGCUCUAGGGUCGUUCCUGCAAGCCUUCAUCACCCUGGGUUUCCUGCUGGUGUACGGCAUAGGACCCUUCAUCUCUUACAUGGCAGUGGCAUAUGUUGGUGUUGCGGUGGUAGCUCUCUUCUGUGUGCUGUUCUUCUUCAUGCCGGAGUCACCCACGUAUUACUUGUUGAAGAGUGACAGAGACGCAGCAGCUGACUGUCUAGCAACGAUCCGCGGUCGUUCUCGCGCCGGCGUUGAAGCUGAACUAAGCAAGAUGGAGAUGGAAGUUAAGGCAUCUAUGGAGAAGACUGCCACGAUCGCAGAUGUCUUCCGCGGCAGCAAUUUCAAGGCGUUCUACAUCUCGUGCGCCCUAGUGUUCUUCCAGCAGUUCUGCGGUAUCAACGCUGUUCUCUUCUACAUGACAGAUAUCUUCGACGCUUCGGGAACCUCCCUGGAGUCUUCCAUCGCUACUAUCAUUAUUGGUGCAGUACAGGUCAUAGCAUCCUUCAUCACACCCUUUGUGGUGGACAGACUUGGAAGGCGGAUCCUUCUUCUGAUUUCUUCAUGCGGAACAGCAAUUGGAGCUGGUCUUCUCGGUAUGUUCUUCCUUCUGUCAGAGCAGAAGAGCCCGGUCGUUGAGUCCAUCAGUUUCCUGCCCAUUCUUUCGCUCGUCGUGUUCAUAGUGACGUACUGUUGGGGUCUGGGGCCUUUACCCUGGGCCGUUAUGAGUGAACUCUUCCCCAUUGAGGUGAAGGCUGCCGCGUCACCCAUUGCUACUGCGUUCUGCUGGGUCAUGUCUUUCUUGGUGACCAGGUAUUUCCCAACGAUAUCCUCGUCUCUUGGCAUGUACGUCGGUUUCUGGAUCUUCGGCGUCUGCUGUGUGAUCGCCUUCUUCUUCACACUCUUCUUGGUGCCAGAGACCAAAGGCAAGAGCUUCCAAGAGAUUCAGGAAAUGCUUGGCGCUGGGAAACAAAAACAAGAGAAGGUGUAA